UUAGGACAGAUUACAGGCAUGGCAAGGGAUGGCAGUUAAAGUGCAAAACAUCAACGAAAGAGUCGCAUGUGGAGAAUCCAAAGCACAGGGGAAUUGAGAAGGGGAAGGAGUAGGACUCCUGAAACCAGAAUCAUACGUUGCUUGCCUUUGCCUACUUGAAAGCCAACUCCUUUCAACUGUUUACAUUAUUUUCUUUCAAUUUUUACUUUUUUUUUUCUAUUUAUUUAACUCUUUUUUUUUUUCCCUUUUUCACCGACACCCAUAAGCCACACUCUGUCUUCAUUACUCUCCUACGCUUUGAUUCUCUCUCUCUCUCUCUCUCUCUCUCUCUCUCUUGCUGUCUUUUUCUUUAAUGGCGAUGUCUCUUGCCACUGACGACGAUCUCAAUCUCAUUGCCAACCACUUCCACUUCUCCUCUUCUCCUUCUUCUUCUUCUUCUUCUUCUUCUUUGCUUCAGUGUAUACGGUAAUCUAACAUGCUCUCUACUUCAAUUCAAGCUCACCUCUAAACACAACCACAAAACAAGAAAUUUCAAUAAUGGCUGGCAAGCCCACUGCUCUUUCGUUCUAUUUAGCUUGUUCUUCACUUACUGAGUUAAUGUGCCUGUUGGUUUUCCUCUCCUCGAUCUUUGCUUUGCCGCUGCUUGUUCCAUGCCAUACUGAUCCCACUGAUGUUCAAGCUCUACAGGUCAUGUACACUUCAUUGAACAGUCCUUUGCAGUUAACCAAUUGGAAAAGCAAUGGUGGUGAUCCGUGUACAGAAUCAUGGAAAGGAGUUACUUGUGAGGGAUCAGCUGUUGUUUCCAUUCAGAUUUCUGGGUUAGGACUCAGCGGGACGGUGGGGUACUUGCUUUCGGACCUUAUGUCAGUAAGAACAUUUGAUCUAAGUGUCAACAACAUUCACGAAUCAAUCCCAUAUCAAUUACCGCCAAAUCUUACAAGCCUAAAUCUUGCAAGAAACAACUUCAGUGGAAAUCUUCCUUAUUCCAUUUCUAGCAUGGUUUCUCUUACUUACUUGAAUGUAAGCCGUAAUUCACUUUCCCAAUCAGUUGGAGAUGUUUUUUCCAAUCUUUCUCUUUUCACAACCCUGGACCUCUCUUUCAACAAUUUUAGUGGAGAUCUUCCCAGUUCAUUUAGUUCAUCAUCCAAUCUUUCAACUCUCAAUGUUCAGAACAAUCAACUGACUGGUUCUCUAGAUGUUCUUACGGGUUUGCCUUUGACUACUUUAAAUGUUGCAAACAACCAUUUCAGUGGAUGGAUACCUCAAGAGCUUAGUUCAAUUCCAAAUUUUAAAUAUGAUGGGAAUUCUUUUGACAAUGGUCCUGCUCCUCCUCCACCACCAUUUACCCCACCACCACCUGGUAGAUCUCAUAAUAAUCGUAGUCAUUCAGGAUCAGGUGGACGCUCACCCCAAUCUUCUAAUGGCCAGUCAUCUGAGUCGGAUAAGGGAAUGUCAGUGGGGGCUCUUAUAGGCAUAAUCGUGGGUUCUGUGUUUAUAUUUCUCAUUGCACUUGUUAUUUUUUACAUUACAAAAAAUAAAAGGAAGGACAUUGGUGCCAAAGUUUCCCGGCGAAGUCAGUCUGCUGGCACAAAUGAUAUAAAUACAGAGAUAGAAGAGCAGAGAGUGAAAAACAUUGCUGCUAUUACGGAUUUGAAGCCCCGACCUGCUGAAAAAUUGGUAGUUGAGAGGUUACAGGGGAAUUCUGGGUCCAUAAAGAGAAUGAAGUCACCAAUCACUGCUACUUCGUAUACCGUUGCUUCUCUCCAAACAGCAACAAAUAGCUUCAGUCAAGAGUUUAUAAUUGGUGAAGGUUCUCUUGGUCGUGUUUACAGAGGGGAGUUUCCUAAUGGAAAGGCAAUGGCUAUUAAGAAGAUCGACAAUGCAGCACUUUCAUUACAGGAGGAAGACAACUUUCUUGAAGCUGUUUCAAAUAUGUCUCGGUUGAGGCACCCUAACAUUGUUUCACUGAUAGGAUAUUGUGCAGAGCAUGGGCAGCGUCUUUUGGUAUAUGAAUAUAUAGGGAAGGGGAGUCUGCACGAUAUGCUGCACUUUGCUGAUGAUGGCAGCAAGGCUUUAUCUUGGAAUGCACGUGUUAGGGUAGCACUUGGCACAUCACGGGCUUUAGAGUACCUGCAUGAAGUCUGCUUGCCUUGUGUUGUGCAUCGAAAUUUCAAGUCAGCAAAUAUUUUACUUGAUGAAGAGUUCAAUCCCCUCUUGUCAGACUGCGGUUUAGCUGCUCUCACGCCAAACACAGAGAGGCAGGUUUCAACGCAGAUGGUUGGAUCAUUUGGGUAUAGUGCUCCUGAAUUUGCCUUGUCGGGAGUGUACACUGUAAAGAGUGAUGUUUACAGCUUUGGUGUGGUGAUGUUGGAGCUAUUGACUGGUCGGAAGCCCCUGGACAGUUCAAGGGUGAGAUCAGAGCAGUCACUUGUGAGAUGGGCCACUCCUCAGCUGCAUGAUAUUGAUGCUUUGGCAAAAAUGGUGGAUCCUGCCUUGAAUGGCAUGUACCCUGCAAAGUCUCUUUCACGUUUCGCUGACAUUAUUGCUCUCUGUGUUCAGCCGGAACCUGAGUUCCGACCUCCCAUGUCUGAAGUUGUGCAAUCAUUGGUACGGCUAGUGCAAAGGGCGAGUGUGGUCAAAAGGCGUUCUAGUGAUGAAUCGGGAUUUGCAUACAAGACUCCGGAGCAUGAGGUGGUGGAUAUGUCAUUUUGAGUGUGAUAGCCUUAUUGAAUUGGAGGUGAAGCUUGGAUCCAAGCAUCAUACAGCGUGCAGAGAUUUAGAGGAAACAGGUGAAACAAGUACUAAAAUCAAAUAAAAAAAAAGAUAUGUAAUUAUUAUGUCCAGAACAUUGGAAGCUGCAAAUAUUUUAAGAUAUCAUUAUCUGUAAAUGGUUAAAUAUUGUAUUCCAAAAUUUCCAAGAAUCUUUUAGAUGGAAGAUGUAGUGCGGCAGAAUAAGAAUUUUCAUUUGAUUCUA